AUGACCACCGAACCCCACCCGACGCCGCCCGAGGGCGGCCGCAUUUCCAUUCAGAACGGGCUCCUCCAGGUCCCCGACCACCCGAUCAUUCCCUUCAUCGAGGGCGACGGCACCGGGCGGGACAUCUGGCGGGCCAGUGUCCGCGUAUUCGACGCCGCCGUCGAAGUCGCCUACGGCGGAGCGCGCCGCAUCGAGUGGCGCGAGGUGCUGGCCGGCGAGAAGGCCUUCAACGAGACCGGCGACUGGCUUCCCGAAGCGACGGUAGCGACCUUCCGGGACUACCUGGUCGGGAUCAAGGGACCCCUCACCACGCCGGUGGGCGGCGGGAUCCGCUCGCUCAACGUCGCGCUGCGGCAGCUCCUCGACCUCUACGUCUGCCUGCGGCCGGUGAAGUGGUACCAGGGCGUCCCGAGCCCGGUGUACCGCCCGGAUCAGGUGGACAUGGUCAUCUUCCGGGAGAACAGCGAGGACAUCUACGCCGGCGUCGAAUACCGCGAGGGAACGCCAGAGGUCAAAAAGCUCGUCGCUUUCCUCCGCGACGAGAUGGGAGUCAAGAAGAUCCGCUUCCCCGACAGCUCCGGCAUCGGCAUCAAGCCGGUGAGCCGCGAGGGGACCGAGCGCCUGGUGCGCGCCGCGAUCCGCUACGCCCUCGCGCAGGGACGGCGGAGCGUCACGCUGGUCCACAAGGGGAACAUCAUGAAGUUCACCGAGGGCGCCUUCCGGGAUUGGGGCUACGCCCUCGCGGCGCGGGAGUUCCGCGCCGAGACGGUGAGCGAGCGGGAGAGCUGGAUCCUGUCGAACCGGGAAUCGGGCUCCGGGAUCAGCACCGUGGACAACGCCCGCGCCAUCGAGCCGGGCUACGACCUGAUGGUCGAAGAGCGCCGGGCCGAGGUCCGGGACGAAGUGGAGGGCUGUUUGUCCGAGCUGUGGGAUUCGCACGGAAACGGCCAGUGGAAGAACCGCGUUCUGGUCCGCGAUGCGAUCGCCGACAUCACGCUGCAGCAGGUCCUUACCCGGGCGAGCUCGUUCGACGUGAUCGCCACCAUGAACCUGAACGGCGACUACCUCUCGGACGCCCUCGCCGCCCAGAUCGGCGGCAUCGGCAUCGCCCCCGGAGGAAACAUCAACUACGACACCGGCCACGCCAUCUUCGAGGCCACCCACGGGACGGCGCCCAAGUACGCCGACCAGGACAAGGUGAAUCCCGGUUCGGUGAUCCUCUCCGGGGUGAUGAUGUUCCGUCAUCUGAACUGGGAGGAGGCCGCCGACCUGAUCGAGCGGUCCCUGGAAGCCGCGAUCGCCCAGAAGCGGGUGACCUACGACUUCCACCGGCUGAUGGACGGCGCGACCAAACUCAAGACCUCGGAGUUCGCGGACGCGAUCAUCGAGAACAUGGCCCCGAACAGAGCCUGA